AUGUCUGGAAAAGAAGGUGGAGUUCAGGCUAUUUUGCGUAAAAAAUACAAGAAAGCACUAUUUUUUCAUUGCUCGUCACAUAAACUCAACCUGGUAAUCAAUGAUCCGAAUGCUCUGCCGGAGAUCCGAAAUACAGUUGGGGCCAUCAAAGACAUCAUUACAUUUUUUCGUGAAUCGGUUCUAAGAAGAAAAUUAAUACCCAAUAUUCCCAAGCUGUGCGAAACAAGGUUGAGCGAGAAAUACAAGAGCAUCAGAGGUUUUAAAGAGAACUUUUGUGAUAUAAUGGAGGCACUAGAAACCCUGUCUCGAGAUGGCAAUAUUGCAACAAGAAAACAUGCAUAUCAGCUCCAUGUUGCAGCUUCCAAAGUUUCGUUUAUUUUUAGCCUUGGAUUGAUAGCCAAAUAUUCCGCUCUUUUAGAACCAACAGUAAACGUGCUCCAAUCAGUCCCCUUGGAUGCAGUUCAGGCAUCACAGCAUAUUAGUCGUAUUUUAAAACUGAUCAAAAACCACCAUGCUUCUGUUAUUGCGGAAAAAAUUGGAUUGGAUAUGAAAUCAAUACCGCGUACUGCUGAAAGACAACAACACCGUAGCAACCACCCAUCAAAAAGCCCCUCAGAAUUUUGGCGCAGGUCCAUAACAAUUCCUUAUUUGGACUCAAUUAUAAAUUCCCUAGAAAUAAGGUUUUCUGAAGAAAAUAGACCAUCAUUUACUUUGUUAAAACUACAUCCUGCGCAAAUGAAAAACAUUUCUUUGGAAGAACUUGAAGAGGCUUGCGAGGAAUUUAAAAAUGUUUACGGUGUUACAAAUAUGCAUAAUGAGAUAGAGCUUUGGAAAAAUAUAUGUGAGGAAAAACCAGAAUCGGUCAAAAUGAGUGUUGUGGACAUCCUCAAGGAAACUGAUGAUUUCUUUCCUGAAAUUAAAAAGGCUUUACAGAUCCUUGUUGCAUUACCUUGUACGACUUGUACAGUUGAAAGGUCAUUUAGUAGCCUUAGGAGAAUCAAAACCUGGUUGAGGAGCACCAUGUCUGAAACUCGACUCAAUGGCCUCGCUGUGAUGAGUGUACACAGGCAACACAUUUUUAAAAACUUGGACGAUUUUGUUAACAAAGUGCAAAGAACCCUAGAAGAUUAUGUUUCAUUGAUUUUCAUGUAA